AUGGAAGACGCAAAACUAAUUCAAACAAAUUAUGACUUAAAGCCUACUCUUUUAGGCAAAGCUACUGCUGCUUUAUUAGGAAUUUCUUCUUUGAUCGGCUGGAGUGCUAUUCUUAACUCUUUUGAUUACUUUGAUAGUAAAUAUCCUAAGGAAACUUACCAUGACAUUACUUUCCUAUUUCCGAUUCCAUUAAAGUUUGCCACUUUUAUAUGGGGUUUAGCCAUGGACUUCCUUGCAAAAAGAUAUUCUAUUAAAAUUAGAAUUGGUUUGUGUCUUGCAAUCCAAUCUCUCUUUAUGAUUGCUAUGCCUUUAGUUGCCCUUUUUUUCUAAAAUUGGGCUGGCUUCUCAAUUUGUAUGGUGCUCUGCUUUUUAAUUGGUACCACUACUUGCAUCUCUUAGAACUCCAGCAUUGCUAUGAUUUCUUAAUUUGAUAAAAAAAGCUAAGGUAUUUUCUGGAUUUUUACUGCCUGGAGCGGGCUUUCUAUGAACGUAGGCAGGGCUAUAGUACUAGCCAUUUUUGGUGAUAACAAUAGUGGAAUUAAUAACGGUACAAUUGUAUACUUUGUCAUGGCAGCAAUUAUUAUUUAUGCAACUAUUUUCUGCCUUUUGCAAUACCUAAAAUCUGAUCACCACCACAGUAUGAUGAGUUUGCUUUCUGCAUAAGAAACCACUUAAAAUAAUACUGAUUAAAUAAACUACUAAUCUGUUAGUGACUAUAGCAGCAGUAACAGCAAUCAAAACUCAUAAUAAUUUAAAACUAGAUUAUUAGCAUGCAUGAAAAAAGUUAAAUUUAUAGCUGCUUCUAUUUUUUUGACAUAUGUUAUCACUUUUAUGCUUUUCCCUGGUGUAUCUAUUUACCAAAAAUAAUAUUCCUUCAUAGAAUCUUUUGCUUGGGCUACUCUUUUAAUGCAAUUCUCUUACAAUAUUGGCGAUUUAUCUGGUAAAGCUUUGAGUAAUCUUCCUUUUUACAACUCUGCGUCUAUGUAUAUUUUGAAUAUAAGUAGAUGUAUUUUCUUCUUUACUUUCUUAAUGUCUGCAAGAGAUCCUUCUAAUGCCUUUUUUGGAAAUGACUAUUUUGCUUUAAUCAAUAUAUUUUUGUUUGGUCUAUCUAAUGGAGUUAUUACUGGUGGUCUCAUGUAAUUAGGCCCUAAAAGAGGCUCUAACCCUGAUGAAACAAAUUUAAUUUCUUUGAUACUAGCUUUUGGUCUUACAUUUGGUAUAUCUGUUGGUGCAUUUUUAGCUCUCACUUUUGAAUAGCAUUGA